AUGUUCCGCCGCCGCUGGUCUGGCCUGCCCCAGGACCCGAUCUACUUCGUCAACGAACAAGACGAGAUCCGCAACGUCGAUAAUCCGAACUACUACUUCAAGUAUUACCUCACCAAGAAUGGCCGGGUCAACGACCGCCAGCGCUUCCACUUCAACGAAGCAAUUCGCGACAUCGUCCACGACCGCCUCGAAAAGGAAGGCCUGAACAAGAUUCUCAUCCCCUUCGGCACCGAGCCCACAUCGCCCCAUGUGCCGCUCUUCACCAGCGCCAACCUGGCCACGGCCUCGCGAGUCGUCGUCUUCUUCGGCGAACCCAGCCAGGACCUCGGUAUUCUCGCCCUCCGCGUCGCUAAUGGGCCCGGCGGCGUCGGCAAGGGCUCCAUGGUCUCGGUCGUUCAAGAAAUUGGCCGCCAGAAGUCCUCCGCCUCUGACCCUUCCCCGCCCGGCAUCGUCCUCGCCAACACGGGCGAGCUCUGGUGGUGGCCCGAGGGGAAGAAGGCGCUGAGCCCCGUCCAGGCCCUCGCCGUCCCGCGGAAGAGCAUGGUCCACCACGGCCGCGCCUUCCACCCCAAGAUACACUCCGUCCCCAGAAACGAGAGCCCCGAGGCGCACGUUCGGUACGUCCUCGACGAGGCCCUCUCCGUGCUCGUCUCCCCGACGGCCCGCCUUGACAUCGUCGGUAUCGGCCUGGGCGCCGACCACGCGACCAAGGCUCUCGACAGCCCAGACACCUGGUCCCUUCUCGGCCACCGGAUCAACACGCUCUCGCUCCUUGGCAGCACGACCGGUAUCGAUGAGCUCUCCCACAAGCCGUUCAUGGAGUUCCUCCCCCGCCGCGCCCGGGCGUACAUCACGGACGAAGCCCCCAUCCUCACGCCCCUGGCGCAACCCGGCGGCAACCGCAACACGGCCUCGUUCACGCAGCAUGGUUGCACUGUCUACAGCUCCGGAGAGGCCCACUACGUCGAGCGCAUACUGAUCACCAGCGGCGGCCCGAUCCUCGAUUGGGUACAGCAAGUCGCUCUGGCGGGCCCCGACUACCGCCACCCGGAGGUCGUCGCCGUCGACCCGCGUAUGCCGACCGAGGAGGAGUGGGCUGCCGGCAGUUUCGAUGAUGCCUGGGAAAAGAUGCCCGGCUUCGCGAAGCCGAGCCUUGGAUACGCCGUAUCGAAUGAAGCACACGAGCCUCGCAGGAAGAUUCCGGAUGGCGACGAGGAGCAGACUAAGGGAUUAAUCACAAACUAG